AGUGGGUGUUCAUGCACUUACCUAACUGAAUUUGAAUUACUUACUUAGAAGAUAAAGACUGGAAAUGCACACUAGAAAAUUCAUGUUUUCCAAUAUUGCAUGGUUUAUACUAGUAUCAGGCUAGAGAUGUUACUGAAAUUUGAAAAGCUUUAGUCGGCACAAAGAAGCGAACAGCUUUAGCACAGUUGACCGUGAGUAGCGUCACCCUUGGCCCAGAAGACGUGACUUACCGGCAUGUCCAGUAACAAAAGUUAAGGAAUUGUUCAUACCGUAUUGAUAAUUGAUAAUCCCAGCGCCCACUUUAGCUGUCUGGGAUACUGCCCAAUAGUGAUCUUGGUUUCGAAGACCCUCUACCUCUCUUCCCCGCUCCUCGUAUUUUUGUGGUGCGUCUCCUUGGCCGUUCCUGGAUUAAGGCCUGAAUGUUGCAGGCCCUGCCCCGUUUAGGUAGAGCAGCGGUGAGGAUCCGGAGAGUUGGGGCUCAGAUCACUGCGAUGGCCCAAAACUGCACUAUCUCCACCCAGGAGAAAGGGGGUGCGACCACAGCAGCUAUAAUCAUCAUCGGAGAUGAGAUUCUCAAGGGUCAUACCGUGGACACCAACAGUACCUUUUUGUGCUGCGCGUUGCGGAAGCUUGGCGUAUGUGUGCGGCGUAUCACAGUCAUUCCCGACGUCCCAGAGAUCAUCGCCAAGGAGGUGGCCCAGCUCGCUCCCACGGUGACCCACCUCAUCACGUCCGGCGGCGUCGGCCCCACGCACGACGACGUGACGUUCGAGAGCGUGGCUCUGGCGUUCGGCGAGAAGGUCGUCGCUCACCCGGAGCUCACUCGACUCGUGGAGGAGUUCUUUGGGACCAGUGACCCCAACAGCCCCACCAUGAAGUUGGCGAUGGUUCCGGAGUCGUCCAAACUUAAUUACGGCACGGACCCCCAGACCGGCCAGCGGCUGCGGUACCCGCUGGUCAGCGUCCGAAACGUGUACCUCUUCCCUGGCAUCCCCUCCCUGCUGGAACGGGCCUUUAACGGCCUCACGCACUUAUUCUCAGGUUCGGGCACCACCUUCCACACCCGGGAGGUGUUCGUUGACGCGGACGAGGCCGAAAUUGCCUCUGCUCUGACCCGUCUGCAGGCAGGCUGGGGGAAGCGUGUUUCUCUGGGCUCGUACCCCGAUUGGCUGAGCAACUACCACCGCGUUCGACUGGUUUUGGACUCUGACAACUCGGAGGAGGUGGAUCGGGCUCGGGCCCAGUUGGUGGAGGAGCUGCCCAAAGGAAGCGUGGUUCCGCUGGUCACGGAUCCAGUGUCCAUUGCUACUGAAGAAGUCUAUUCACUGUCUAACAGCGGCACACCGCUGGGGUCGAAGGUGGCAACAGCAUUGAAGACCAUAGAAACGGCAUUGGAUCAGUAUGCAACGAAUGAGAUCUGUGUGGGAUUUAACGGUGGAAAAGAUUGCACAGCCCUGCUGCAUUUGUAUUACGCUGCACUGAAACGGCGCUCCCCGGACGGUAAGGACAAAGUCAAAGCGCUGUACAUUCGCAUUCUCUCUCCCUUUCCAGAGAUGGAAAGAUUUCUACAGGACACAAUCAAAAGGUACGACCUGGAGCUUAUCUCUGUGGAGGGCAGUAUUCGGCAGGCCCUGAAUGACGUCCGGGAGAGGAGGCCGGAACUCCGGGCCGUCCUUAUGGGGACCAGACGCAGCGACCCCUAUUCACACACGCUCACGCCCCUCUGCCCAACAGACCCUGGCUGGCCCGACUACAUGAGGGUUAACCCCCUACUGGAUUGGACAUACCAUGACAUCUGGUCGUUCUUAAGGACUCUGUAUGUGCCAUAUUGCAUUCUAUACGAUAAAGGGUACACCUCAUUGGGUAGUAUGGACAACACCCGGAGGAAUCCUGCCCUUCAGACUGUGGACAGCAGGGGCGUGACCCGUUACAAACCCGCCUACCAACUGGAGAAUGAGGAGGAGGAACGGAACUCCAGGGCAUGAUGUCACCUGGGGAUGCUGUAGUCAUGAAAAUGUAUGUCUGUGUGUGAGUGUAUAUAUAUGCAUGUAUGUUCGUAUGUUCACAUAUGUGUGUGUGUUUGACUGCAUGUGUGUGUGUGAUGUGAGUUCUGUGAUCUAACACAGAGACAAAUGCUGUAGUUUAUAUUAAAAACUCAUCCAGCGAU